AUGUCGAAUCCCCUCUCCCCUCUUUCGCCCUCUUUCCAAAAUGCGCGAGGGCUCUCUCCAAAGCCUACUUCCUCGCCGUUUCUCCACAAAACCAUUGACGAGCCCUCUUCAACUGCCAUCCCAUCGAGUCCGCUGAAAAAGCCAUGGACGCAUCACGACGAAAUGCCGAACUCUUACGAUAACGAGAACUUCAAACUCAAUGACCAGAACGAGAAUGACGAGAUCAACGACGGCGACUCCUUCCAAGAGGGCGCGAGUUCGCCGUUCCGUCCUGAUGGGCGCGAAGAUACGGUGGACUUCCAAAAAUUGCGCGAAUUGCAACAAGCCUCGCCAGAGCCAGUUCGGCCCUCGGAGCCCCUAAACUUCGAAGAGCCGGCUAGCUCCCCAUUCUGUCCCGACGGUAGAGAAGAUACUGUGGAUUUCCAGAAACUACAAGAAGUGCAGCGGAUGUCGCCUGACCUGGGAAAACGGCUCGCUGUCGAAGAGCCAGCCAGCUCCCCGUUCCGCCCCAAUGGGCGAGAUGACACCGUGAGUUUUCAACAACUUCACAAUCUACAGCCGGGGUCACCGGGUCUGGAUAAGCAGCCUUUGGGGGAGCCAGAGAGCUCACCUUUCCAGGCCGAUGCCAAGGACGAGACAGUUGAUUUUCAAGCACUGCGCGACAUCCAGCGAGAGUCUCUCGGUUUUACCAAGCCACCUUCUCCUGUAGCUUUCGGCCCGCCUUUCCAAAGAGAUGACAAGGAGGAUACCCUUGAUCUCCACAAGGUGCGCCAGGCUCCUCGCGCAUCUCUUGAGGUGGAUGGGCGACUCUCAGUGGCGGCCACCCCCCGGAAAAGGUCGUAUGAUCAGACGCCACAGGACCAGGGUGAAAGUGAGCAGAUGAAUGAGCGAUGCAAGAAGGGUAUGGUGAGUCGGACGGAGGGGCCCGAGAUCCACGUCGAUCUCGAGGAGUCCAGUAUCAUUCAUAAUCAAAGCAUGGCCUCGACCACCAGUGCCACUCAAGAUCGCUCUACAAUCGCCAAUAGCGUGAUGGAAGACAAGCGCAACGAAGGAAUGAGCACAGUGCUCCAUGAAGAUGGGGAUAGCGGGUUGGCCGAUAAAGAAAACCUCUGCCACCCUGGCGCAGAUGAGAAUUCGAUGCUUGACGACGACAUGCACGACUCGAAGGAUGAUACUUGCCUAAGCACCUUUUCUGCGCUGCCUGACAUGACUUCAUUUGCCAAGUUGCGCGCUGAAUCGCCGCUCAAGGCGAUGCGUAGCAGUGUCGCUCCCAGUCCCACCCUUGGGACAGACAUGCGACAGCGCAGUAUCGACCCGGCCACUCCAAGCACAGCGCGGCGGCUAUAUCGGGCCAGUGCACUUCUUGACUACAAUUCACAAGCGGGGUCGCCCACCCCGAGGCGCAGAGGCUCCCGAGAUGCUGGACACCCAAGCGAGACCCCUAAUCUGCUUGAUUUCACUGAUCAAGUGAACUUCUUCCCUCGUGCAUCCAUGCAACAGAGCGCCCGCUAUUCCCCUUCCCGGCGGUCACCUUUACGAGCUGUCCGGCAGUCCCUUCGGUCUCCGUCCAAGCUGUCUCUCUUAGAUUUUGACAUCCCACCCGCGCCGACGCCUCGGUCCAUUCCCACCAUUACACCACGGGAAUUGGAGUCGCUCAAGUCGGGCUUCUCGUCUGAGAUCUCAUCACUGAAGGCUGCUCUGAGCGGAAAGGAGGCUGAGGUCGGCAGUCUCAAGAAGGCGGUUGCAGAUGCAGAGAGACGGGUGGGUGAAGCCCUGGAAGAAGUCCGCAAUGAAGCUGCUCGGAAGGAAACGCUGGAGAUUGAGCAGGCUGAAUGGGAGCGCCGAGGCAAGGACAUGGAAAGUGUUCUGCGAUCUGUCCGGGCUGAGUUGGUGGAGGGAGAGCAGGAGCGAGACCGCCUGGCCAAGAAAGCCGAGGAGGCCGAGAAGAGCAAAGAGCAAUUGGAAGGCAAAAUUGUCGAGCUCGAAAUCCAAUUGACCGCAGCGCGUACCUCGGGAUCAGCCCCCGUCGACGAGUCGCACCCGGUCUCUAAACCCGCCGAGGAGACUGCACGAGAAGUCCAGGAUGCUGUUGAGAAGGUCGCACGCGAGCUGCACACCCUCUACAAGGGCAAGCAUGAGACCAAGGUUGCUGCGCUGAAGAAGAGCUACGAGGCUCGUUGGGGGAAGCGCCUGCGCGAAGCAGAGAACAAGGUCACUGCCGCACACGAGGAGAACGAACGCCUCAAGGCUGAACGCGACACCGCCCAUUCCGAGUCCAUGGCCGCGGCCAACACCAGUCUGAUUGCUCGCGAGCAUGACGAGCACGAAACCCAGAAGCGUGUCCUGGAAGCCCAGAUCAAGGGUCUGCAACAGGAGAUGGCGGCCAUCAAGGAAGACAGUGAGCGACUCCGUGGGGAACUCAAGUCUGAACGGACCGAAAAGGGCGAGCUUGUCGCUGCCGUUGACGAGUGGCUAGCCAUUCAGCAGAGCCAGCCUGCCCCGGCCCAGCACGACCGCGAGCCCUCGGUCUCUUCUUCUGCGCAGCUUGACGAAAAUGACCGUCCACUCUCGAUCGAGCCCAUCUCCGAGGAUCUUCAUCGGAAUAUCGCUCACUCUGGAUCUGGGGCCCCUCGGGCGCCCGCCACCGCUGAAAAGAGAAUCCCACGAUACGGUGUUCCCGGGGGACACCCGCGUGGUAAUAGCGGCGGCAAAUCUGGAAUUGCGGUUUUCACACCCGGUCGCGGGGGAAUCAUGAGCUCGAUUGAGCGAAUGGGUCGCGGUGGUGCAUAA